GAUAUGAUAGUAUUUAAUUUGUGGUUUUAUCAGGCUUGUGGCAAAGAUUUUCUUCUUGUGGUCAAGUUAUGCUUGGCGGUAAAGACAUCCCUUUUCUUUUCAUUAUCCACUCAGGGUCGGGGGGACACGUCUAGCGCGUUUGAUUGACAGCGUCAGUGGGCGCUUUUACUAACUUGGUUAAUUUGGGUAACAUCCUUCUUUCUAUUUACAAGUUCACUCACUGGCACCACGAAGUCUUGGUUGACAAAUUAAAUUAAAUUGAUUAAAGAUGUUUCUGGCUAAAAGACUCAUUGGUGGCAUUCUUGAUGUUGUAAGCAAUAUUGAUCCAGCUGCUUUUGUGCCCUCUGACCCACCCGCACCACGAAGGCCACUUGCAUAUGCAGAGCAGAGUGAGAGUGAUGAGGAAAGACAGUUUCGCAAAGUCUUCCAGCAGUUGGCUGGAGAUGACAUGGAGAGUGACAGCACUGGAAAGCUUGGAUUUCAUGAGUUCAAACACCUCUGGAACAAUAUCAAGAAAUGGCAGGGUGUGUAUAAGACUUAUGACACUGAUGGCUCCGGGGUUAUUGGUGCAGAUGAGCUUCCCAACGCUUUCAGGGUUGCAGGCUUCCGCCUCAACGACCAGCUGUUCCAGAUGAUCAUCCGCAGAUACAGCGAAGAGAAUGGGGACCUGGACUUUGACAACUACAUUGGCUGUCUUGUGAGACUGGAUGCUAUGUGUCGUGCCUUCAACACCUUAGACAAGGAUAACAAUGGAACCAUCAAGGUCAAUGUUCAAGAGGUAAGCAUGUCACACUUACAAGCUGUACCAAUGAGAUGGUUUUCUGAAUGUAAUUAGCCUAGCAAAGCUACUUUGGUUAUCGGCAUCACUGUACAAUGUGUUCCUAUCACACGAGGUCAAAACCCACCAUUGUACAGGGUUGAUGUCAAACAAUUGUUUUAAUUUGUUUCUUUGCAGUGGCUCCAGUUGACCAUGUACUCCUGAGCUUAGGACAUGCCUACAGGUGUUUAAAAUACCACUCCAUUUCUCUCUACUUCAUGCUGUGUUUUAGACCACUCCAUGGACGCCCUGUGCCAGUCAACCAGUCCCCCAGUGUAUGCAGGUUUCUCUACAUUAUUUGCAAACUACACAAUGUGAAUAUAGCUUUUUCAUACAACAAAAGGGGAGUUGUAGACUAACGUGGGAACUAAAAGCUGCACACACAGUGGUUCUAUGGGCUGACAUUGAGAACCUCUGGGCCAUUCGAUGCUGGUCUUGCAUUCAACCAAGAGUAUCUGCUUGUUUUCCUUUUGAAUUGAAGAAAAGACAGCCAUAGUCUGUGUAGAGGUUCUUUCCAAUAGCUCUCAAAUGGUAAUCAUUUACAAGCCAUUUCUGAAAUAGUCUAUAACUGUGACACAUAAUAAUGCCAGCACAAUGUUAGUUUUUAUGUCUAACAAGAAAAAUGUGGUUUGUGCCAUUGCUUCAUGAAACCAACAGAUGCCAUUAAAGGAUUUGGUAACUGUUGCCAUAAGUCACUGAA